AUAAAUACAAUUUAAUGUGGUAUGAAUAAUAAUUGUUGGUACUAGUGACGUCACAACAUCUGACGUCAUACAUAAGGCACUUUAACUGUCUACCUUGAUAGCAGGACGUGGGGCUAAAUUAGAAAUGAAGACGUUUAUCACCCUUGUUGUUUUAUGUGGUUUGGCAGACCCGGUGUGUUCUGAUUGUUAUGACGUGACAUCGUGUUACGAGUCGUUUAAACACCUCAGACCCAGAGAUUCGUGGCCCAUACAGAAACUGCUACCAGAGACGAUAGUCAAGUACGACCUCUGCCAAGAUAUCAUUCAGAUCACGUUGUGUCUCAACUUAGGUUGUUUCAAGUAUGGGAUGGAAAAUGCAGAAAUGGUGGACUCGGUGAAAAAUGGAUUUAAUUUUUGCGGUAAGCUGAUGACUUUGACCAGCAAGUGCUCUGACGAAACACAGUGUUACAGCGCGUACGCAAUGUUUUUAGACAAGCAACCCAUGGACGCGAAAAUACUUCCAAAGACGCACAUACGCAACCACACAUUAUGCGAUUCUGUUCUGUCGGUUGUGCACUGCGUCACGAAUGGUUGUUUCGAGCUGCACGCCGACAAAAGAGAAAUGGUGUCCAAAGCGUGGCACUAUUGCUCAUAUGAGGACGCAGCUGAAAUGCGACAUACAGACGUAGACAAUGGUGGAUUACGUGAUAAAUAUAUGCCUGCUAAGUCCUCGAAUGCCGCCGGCAUCAUUGCGUCCGGCGUUUCGGUGCUCCUUGCUGUGAUGGCGUCCAUCCUCCAGUAGAUGGGACUGUCGGACAUUGCCUUCAACAUUUCACAACAGCAUGUGACAUACGUCAUGUCGCUUGAGCCUCGUCCGUACUACAAGUCAUAAAUCAUUCGGCAGAUCUGAAUAGUAUUCACUGGAUUACGACAUCUGUCUUGACUUACCAGCAUCCAGCACACGUUUCUUUUAAAGGCAUAUUGUCACAGACCACUGACCUAUUUAAUGGUCUAACAAAGUAUUACCUGAAGAAAUAUAAUUUGAUUUGUCCCUAAAUGUACUUUAUUCAACCAUCUUCAUAACCACCAUACUCAAUUUAUUAAUGAUAUUUUGUAAAAAUAAUUGAAUUAUGGCAAUGGUCCAUAAUUCAAAAACUAAAAUUGCCGAGAGGGAUGACAUGGAUUUCACUCUAUCAUGUUUCAGUUAAGGAGAUGUUACAGCUAGAUUUGUUUUCCAACAAUUAAUGUAAUUUUUAUUUAUUAUAAUUGUUUUUAGAGAAAUAAGGUCCUUAAAUCUGUGACAGUGUGCCUUUAAGUCCUGUUACGUAUUUAGUCCAUGUAUACCACACACCAGAGCCCAUUAUAAAUAUCUAUAUAUGACGAG